UGCUGACAGCCUGCCCCAGGACACCUGUGGUCAGCAGAACUUCAGACUUCUGCUGCUUCUGUGUGGAUCCCUCACUUGAGGCUUCAAGCAAAUGCAACAGAUGUGUGGGCCACAUCUCCCGGUUAAAAUGGCCACCCAUUUUAUAUACCCUGCCCUGUCUGCUACUGUGGAAGCCCAGGAAUGGUGAGGCUGCUGGCCCCAGGGACUCAGCACUCCGCAUGAAUGACGCCAGCCCUGGAUCGGGACCUCGCUGCUGCUGCUGCCGCCGCCGCCGCCGCCGCCGCCUCUGACCGCGAGACUGAACAACCCUUGCAGCAACUUCCUUCCCUGGCCUCUUCUCAUCUCAUAGCUGUCUUUCUGGAUUGACCCGGUGGACUCCUGCCUCGCUUCCCCACCGUGAACAUCAAUAUGUGUCAUGUCAUUGUCACAUGCCGCUCCAUGCUCUGGACCCUCCUGAGUAUCGUGGUGGCCUUUGCUGAACUUGUUGCCUUCAUGAGCGCCGACUGGCUGAUCGGGAAAGCCAAGACCCGCGGCGCCGAGCCGGCAGGCACCGACUCGGAGCCCUACUACCUGGGAAUCCUCUGCAUCCGCACCCCAGCCAUGCAACAAGUCCCUCGGGACACACUGUGCGGGACCUACGCCAAGAGCUUCGGGGAGAUCGCCAGCGGCUUUUGGCAAGCCACCGCUAUUUUCCUGGCGGUGGGGAUCUUCAUUCUCUGCGUAGUGGCCCUCGUGUCUGUCUUCACCAUGUGUGUGCAAAGCAUCAUGAAGAAAAGCAUUUUCAACGUCUGUGGGCUCCUGCAGGGCAUCGCUGGUCUGUUUCUCCUCCUUGGCCUGAUCCUCUACCCCGCUGGCUGGGGCUGCCAGAAAGCUAUAGACUGUGGACGAUAUGCAUCUCCCUACAAACCCGGAGACUGCUCCCUGGGCUGGGCCUUUUAUACUGCCACCGGGGGCACUGUCCUCACCUUCAUCUGUGCUGUCUUCUCCGCACAAGCAGAAAUUGCAACCUCCAGUGACAAAGUCCAGGAAGAAAUCGAAGAGGGGAAAAACCUCAUCUGCCUCCUUUAGUCUGGAAGACCGUGAUGCCACCACUUCCUUUCUUUAUGACCUUGUGAAACAGUCUUCAUCUGAAUUAAAUGAAGAACCAGUCUUGACUUACCAGAGCCACCUUCCACAGCCCCGGGCCUUCGUGGGACCAGUGAGGGGCAUCUCCCCCAACAAGCAAGAGAGUUCUUGGCCAUACAGGCUGCAGUGCAAAUUAAUGAGCCCAGACAAGAACAUGGGAUAGCCCCGACUGUGGGAUCCUGUCACGCUGUCUCCCCAGGGCUCAGUGGAGAACAACGAUCUGACUCAGCAAGGCAGGGAUCUCUCUGCAGCAGAGGAAAGAUGAGCCAGCCUCAGGGUCGUUUGAGGCAGGUUUCUGGCCAGCAGCUGAGUUUUAAGAGCAUUUCAGCAUGUGGGCUGGAAGUGGGGUCUUGGUUUUCUUCCUAGUUCUUUCAUGUCGCCUCACUUGGAGACUGAAAGGAAGACUACAGACUUACUGAUGACAGAUUGUGUGCUGAAGGUCACAGCAAGAUACCAGGGUUUGCUUAACUGCACAAAGGGCUUAACAGGGACAGUGCAGAACCCCACUGUGGAACUACACUAGUUAAGAGUUCCAGGGUAAGAGGCAUCAAUGGAACUUCCUCCUCAGGAUUUGAGUAAGAAAGACAAAAUCACCUAAUAAUAAAAGUGCAAACCCCUGGCACUCAGACAGAUGCUUUCCUGCAGCCAGCCUAGUGCCUGUGUGAGCCCUGCCUAUUCCUCACUGUAGUUAGCUUUCUCCUAGGGUUGGGGCUGUGCUUGGCUACACAAGGAAACCUUACAGUUCCCUCCUUCCAAGGACAGCAGCAGCGCCUCCAGAGCAGCUGUGGCUCAUACAGAUGUUCACAGGGAGGGGCUGCGUCUGCAGAGUGGCCUUUUCUGUUUGGCUACUGUGCUGGAUGGCCCGCUGAUUUCCAAUCCCAUUGACACCCUUUGCAGAGAAAGCAGAAGCUAGCCAUGGGAGCUUCUCUUGCUUCUGGUGCUGAUCCUUAGAGCAGACUGGAUGACACUGAAUCACUGCCACGCAAGACUGUCAUCAAAAACCCUAUCCCCAGGGGAACACAGGACAAGAAGCUAAUGCAGAAGCAGGGGCUGGACCAAGCUCAUUGCACCUGCCUAAGCAUACUUACAAAAGCCAUCACAUGCCACUACUAACAAGGACUCAGGGCUUUCAAUCCAGUUUCCAUAAAUUACCCAUAUGACCAAAGCAGCCAGAAACCCCGGAGUCUGGCUUAUAUGAGCCUUGCAGGCGGAGAAACCCUUCACCGUGAUGUAGGUCCACAGCAGUGGACCUAUUUUGGUUUUAGAGAUGUGCUCAGCUGAGGGCUUUGUCUUAAAAGUUAAUAGCACCUUCUACUGGCAAGUGCUUGCUAAUCAGGUACACAACCCUGAGAGUUUACAAUCUUGUCCCAGUGAAUCACUUAAACCUAUGUUGGUUUAGAACCAAGCCUUGGUUCAGAACAACUCCCUUAUGUAUAGAUGGACUAUGCCCACUGGGGUUUAAUUACAGUUUAUUUGCCCUUUGGCCUAUAUCAGAAACCACCUUCUCUCUCACACAGAUAAAAGUUAGAGAAGAAGGGCACUGAGCAGAUCUGAAGUUCAGUUUUGAACCUGUGUUCCAAGGGGAGGCCCCUAAGCAAGCCUAGGAAGGCUCAGGAAACGGGAACAGGGCACCUGGUGCAUAGCCCAGAGCAUGUGGAGGAGGCUCUUGUCCUCUGCUGUGGAUUUAUCACGUUCUAGCCAAGUCCUCUGCGAGCACAGCAACUGUGUUUCCAACCUGGGCAAUAUUUGGCUUGAAACAUAGUUUUGUUUAUCAGAAAAACUGACAAAACAACUUUGUUUUCCUUGAAUUUACCAGACUAACUUUGCUGACUUUUCACAGACUGGUCCUAGGCUAAACGGCUCCUGCAUGCAUCCUAUCAGCUGCUCUCUGGGUAAAGUGGCAGUGGACUUCUUUUCAACCUGGUAACACUCAAAAAUGAAAAUGUGACCUCUGCCAGACUGUUACUCAGCAGUAUUUUCCAUUAAUUUAAACAUUAGAGAAAACAGCCCCCUCCCCCCUUCCCUAGAAGGGUACAAACAAAAUGCCAUGCCAUUGAAAACUGCCAAAGUGCUGACUUAAUGGAACGAGGUUGCAUUUCCUAGCAGAGACCUUCAAGCCAAUAUAUAGACUUUGGCAAUAUACAGACUUCUGCAAUUGUGCUGGUGUAGAAUGAAACUGUUUUCAUGGUACUUUAAAAACCACUUGUUGACCUAUACCCCUUUUUUUUUGGGGGGGGGGGCAGGGGUUUGAGACAGAAGUUUCUGUUUUAGCCUUGGCUGUCCCGCUUUGUAGACCAGAGUGGUCUUGAACUCACAGAGAUCUAUCUGCCUCUGCCUCCACAAGUGCUGGGAUUAAAAGCAAGUGCCACUACGCCCAGCUGGUCUAUACCCAUUUCUCUAGUGACAGGACCAUUACUACUACCGGAAAAGUCUUACUUUGCCUGAAUUUGGGCUCAGCUUCUCAUUUAACUCUAGGGAAGGAAUACUAGGAGUCUGUGGAUUCUUUCAACCUGUGUGGUAAUUCAAUAUUCCAGUAGCUGUGGGAGGGUGUAGCUUUGCAGCGUGUGGUCUGAUGAACAGUCUUUGUUAAGCAUGUAUUCUGUACAGCGCCCUGGUCUUUUUAAUGGGGCAUAUGUAAGUAUGUAUCUGACACAUACACAGGUUAUCUGAAAGAUGUGCAAUAACAAAGGUGUGUGUGUGCGCUUUGUUGGGGGAAACUGGACAAGAUUCAAAACAGGGAUCUUUCUGUUUUGGCCUUCACGGCUAGUUAUUAGACUGUUAACAAUUUUAAUGCUACACAAACCUUAUGUGAAGAAAAGACUGGUAUGAAAUAAUUUUCUCCUGGGGCUAAGCUAAAACAAUCAGUAUAUUUAUGAGAGAGUCAACCCAGCAAGCAAGGCCAGUCAAUGCUAGUCUUCUGUGUGAAAUGUGAAGCUGUGUGUUGCCUUUUCUGUUAGCCUGAAAACUAGUGGCUGAUAAUAGAGUUAAGGAGCUGUUUUUCUGUGCUUUUAUAGGCCAUGCUGAUGCUAGACCACUGUAUUUAAAGGCUAGUCUCUCAUCUUCUUAGCGGUGAGAGCCUGGCGUAAUACAGACCAUUCUGUGCAAUACCGUGGCUGCUGGAACUCCCAGGCCUGUAUUUGUAUUUAUGGGAGCAAAGACUCUCAAGGCCAAAAGAAUUCAAGGGAUGAGUGAGGGCUUCUGAGACUGUGGGGAAGCUUCUCCCAGAGCUGAGGGGUCCUUCGGUGCGGGAAGGGACUUGGCGCCACUUGACAUUCAACAGCCACUUGAGCCAAAAAUAAAAUUGUAUUUACAGCUGAUGGACUCAGUUGGAGCCUUCAGAUGUGUCACUAUCCUAUUACAUUGUAAACUAAUACAUUGUUUGUCUUUCAUUGGUUAGGAUCUGUACAUAAGGAUUUUUGCAAUGUGGUCUCUUCCCCUCUUGAGAUCUGAAUUAAAUCUGAUUUUGCAAAUGU